AUGAGAGAUGAAGUACCUCCAAUCAAUCUCAUCGCUAACCACAUUCCUCGAAGUGUCUUUGAGAAUAUGUAUGGAAUUAAUCUCCCUGCCCCAAUAGAGGGGGAGGAUCCCCACAGACCACCUACUUCAGAGGAACUCUUAAACUGUUACGGAUUUAUGAGGGGUUUCAUGACACCAAGAGGUCUGCCAGAUAAUCCGAGGGCUGCGCGAUACAUAUUGAAAGACUACGUCAAUGGCAAGUUGCUUUAUUGCCAUGCACCACCCGGCAUGCUACAGUCAGAAUUUCAUAUCCAUACCCUGAAGAAGUUACAGAAAGCCAAAGCGAAUGCCAAACCAACGCCACAGCAGAGAUCAGUUCAGCCUUAUCAGGUGAAACCAGAUGCCCUCGACCAAAGAUUUUUUGGCCAGAAGAAUGUAUCACAUGUUCAUGUGAUUGGCGUCAAUAAGGGAGGGAAGCCGGUGCUGAAAAGUUUGGGCCGACCGAAAGAUGGUCAACCACGACAGAAGAACUUCAAAAAGAAAGAAAAGCUAAGAAGAGUGUAUGCCCACCUAGAUGAGUAAUACCUUCCAUCAAGCAAGAUCUAUCUUUAUAUGUACUUGUAACAUAUAUAUUUCCAUAUUAAGUGUAUAAACACAUAUAUACAGUAUUUAUGGUUGACAAGUGAAGCACUGGAAUUUUGAAGUAACACUACUAUACAUAUAACAGCGUUCGAUAUAUUUGUGUACUUCUUUUCUGGAGAAUAUUGCGCUCUUGACAACAUUUAUAUUUUUCAUGUGGUAAAGGUUUGACAUGUAAACUCGACUGUUCAUAUACAUUUGUAGGUGAUGUAACCAUAAAGUCAUUUACAAAUGUUAACAUCCUUUUUUUGUUGAUACUGGUCUUGAAUGAAAUAAAAAGUUUUGAUAAUU